AUGAGCCGCCGCCGUUGCUCGCCGGCGACGGCACCCCCGCUGGAAGACGAGGACCUUCUCCAGGAGAUCCUCCUACACCUUCCUCCUCAGCCAUCCUCCGUCCCUCGCGCGUCCACCGUAUGCAAGCGCUGGUGCAGCAUUCUCUCUGACCCCCAAUUCAUCCAACGCUUCCACAAACACCAUGGGAAACCCCCACUCAUCGGCUUCUUCAGCCAAAGAUAUGGCGUAUUCUGUGACUUCAAACCCGUCCUGGAACUGCCUGACCGCAUACAUGCCAAUCGUUUCUCCAUGCCCAAGAGCCGCAGCUCAAUGGAGCAGUGGCGCUUCAUGGGCUGCCGCAACGGGCUCGCUGUCCUGAUCAACAAGUGUCGGCGCGAGGCCGUCGUGUGGGAUCCUCUCACCGGCCGGCAACAUCACGUGCCUUUUCCACCGGGACUCCAAAAUGCCCUAACGCGUAGUUUCUGUGUAUGGCAUACCUUGGUGCUGUGCGCUGAUGCCGAACAUGGGCACGUGCAUGGCGAUUGCAUCUUGGGCCCGUUUAAAUUGGUCUUGAUCUGCAACGGAUACAAGCAGGCAUUUGGUUCUAUCUAUGACUCGUCGUCUGGUUCUUGGGGAAAUAUUUUCUCGAUAGCGAUAGCAAAUGAAAUUUAUGCCAGAAGGGGCAGCAUGCUUGUUGGAAAUGUGCUUUGCUGGUUGAUAUGUGGAGGUGAUGUCCUUGUGUUUGACAUCAAAACGCAGAGUCUUGGUGUGAUCGAGAAGCCAGCAGACAACCAUGUUACCAUUGACUUGUUUUUUCAGCUCUUGCGCAUGGAGAAAGGUGGACUAGGCCUUGCUGUUUUGUCUGAACAGAUCAUCCAAUUAUGGGAGAGGAAACCUAACUGUGAUGGUGUUGUCGGAUGGGUGUUGCUGCAGAAAACCAUUCCUUUGAAGGGGUUGCUUCCAAGCAGAAAGCCUUUGGUACUUAUCAUGCGGUAUGAUGAGGACACAAAUGCGAUUGUUCUGUCUACGGGGAUUGGCAACUUCAUGCUCCAACUUGACUCAGUGCAGAUCAAACAUAUCAUUAAAAGAAAUGAUAUGUGCAUCGACAUGUUUUAUCCCUACCAUAAUUUCUACAUUGCAGGACUGUCAGUCAUGUCUCAAGAUUUGACAGCACUGUUCCUGGCCGUUAGAUUGUUGAAUGUAGCGGCUUCGUCGUCGCCGGCCGUCCGCUCGCCGUCGUCGUCGCUGCCGGCCAUCCGUCUCGUCGUCGUUGUCGUCGUCGCGCUGCUCCUCAUCGACCGUUCGUCGUCCGCGCCACUCAUCGUCGACGUCGUCGGCUUCACAUCAUCUGCACCGCCCACAAGCUGCUACACGCCGGCAUUGCUCAUCCACAUCACCACUUCACGCCUGCCAAAUACGCAGUCCAGCACUGGUUGUCUCAAGCACGGCAUGCCAUCUAGAGUAGAGCAGGCCGUGUUGUGUAGCAGAUUCAAGUAG